CGAGCUCUCAGGGGCAGGCAACCCAGUCUACAACGCUGACGGGCAAUCACAAGCUCCCCUCAGCGAUAGCCCGGUCUAGGAGCUCUCCACUGCAUAUAUAUAUUUAGCAGUUUGUUACGUAGACUGGUUCCCUUUUGUUCCUGCGACAGGAACGAACGGGUACCAGUCUAUAUGUUUACGGAGAGUGUAACGAAGGUGUCACGCGCUGGGAAGGAGCUUGGGAAAAUCGCUGCGAGGAGCUUGCUUAAAUAACUCUCAAGGGGAGGUAAUAAAAAUGGCGACCAUGUAAACAAGUGCUUGACAACGAAUGAGCCUGAACAGCCUUUCGUGUAAAACGAUAAUCAGACCGGCGUCAUUAUGGCUAAGGAAGUUCUUUCCAAAGUCUAUAUAGGAAAAGAAACAGAACAUCGAUUAAUCACCGCCUCAGCAAACGGGGAUCUAUCUACCGUUAUCAAGCUCCUGAAAAAACGCGUCAAUCCAAAUGUUUGUGACGAAUACGGACAUACUGCUUUAUCCAGGGCGAGUGCAGGGGGCUAUACAGAGAUCGUGGCACGACUAAUUAGUUCCGGGGCAAAGGUCGAGGCUGUAAAUGCUUCCGGGGUGACUCCCCUCCAUCUGGCUAUUAAAGGAAACCACCAGGAAUCUGUCAAACAUUUGAUCAUUAAUGGCGCCCCACUCGACGCCAAGACAGCCUCUAAAGUCAUCCCAAUCGACUUUGCCGAGCACGAAAGCGACGUGUGGAACAUCGUCAACGAUGCUAAACAUGGGGAAAUGCCGGAACUAGACGAAGUCAAUGAUGUUCCCGACAUCCCCGACUUCUCUAUACCAGACGGGGAGAAGAAGAAAAAAUCUGGGAAGAAGGGAAAGAAAGGCAAGAAAGGCAAGAAGGGGAAGAAGAGCGGCAAGAAGGGGAAGAAGAAAGGCAAAAAGAAGAAGAAAUGAUAGCCCUGGCGGGUCAUUGCUAUAGUGCUGACAUUCCUGUGUGAUGGUGGCCACGAGGAGGGAUAAGGUGUUCAAGGGAGACUACUCUCCACAGUAGCGUGCCCAUGUUCAGUCUAGGCCUAGACCAUGGACAAUAUGGGUAUAUGAUCUCUGGUCUAGACGUAGUGCCUGUGAACCUGAGACAUUGUCUCUCUCUGAUAACCAGCAACUAUAAAAUUUGAGUUAGCAAACAAAGUGGUGUUUGAACGACUUGAAUUUAACUUGCCAAUUUGGUGGAGCCUAGUUCACCAUUUAACCAAAAAAACUCUCGGAAACGUUCAUUUACCUUUCCAUACGCAAUUGUUUCUUCAUGCCAAUGUAAAGGAUAUUAUACCUUUCUUAUUUGUAAAUAAAAACCGUCUAACUCUA